AUGGAGAAGUAUUCAAAGAUUGAAAGAUUGGGCGAAGGAACUUAUGGAAUUGUCUACAAGGCAAAACAUAGAGAUACUAGUGAGAUAGUGGCGUUGAAGCGUAUUCGUCUUGAUUCAGAGGAUGAAGGUGUACCCUGUACUGCUAUAAGAGAGAUAUCAUUGUUGAAGGAAUUGAAGCAUCCUAAUAUCGUGAGACUAUAUGAUGUGAUACAUACAGAGCGAAAGUUAACAUUGGUGUUUGAAUAUCUUGAUCAAGAUCUCAAGAAGUACAUGGAUGAGUGUGGCGGUGAGGUGGCAAAGCCAACCAUUAAAUCAUUCAUGUAUCAACUAUUGAAGGGUGUAGCAUUCUGUCAUGAUCACAGGGUCCUACACAGAGAUCUCAAGCCACAGAACCUUCUAAUCAAUAGAAAAGGUGAAUUGAAACUGGCUGACUUUGGGCUGGCCAGAGCGUUUGGAAUACCAGUGCGAACAUACUCUCAUGAGGUCGUAACAUUGUGGUAUCGUGCACCAGAUGUGUUGAUGGGCUCGCGCAAGUACUCGACACCAAUCGACAUUUGGUCGGCUGGUUGCAUCUUUGCCGAGAUGGUCACUGGACGUCCCUUGUUCCCAGGAUCAGGAACAAGCGACCAACUGUUUAGAAUCUUCAAGAUACUUGGAACACCAACCAAAGAUAGUUGGCCAACAAUUGUAGAAUUGCCAGAAUACAAGCCUGACUUCCCUGUACAUCCAGCGCAUCCAUUGUCAUCAAUCGUCCAAGGAUUGGACGCCACUGGACUUGAUUUACUAAACAGUAUGCUCCAGUAUGAUCCAAUGAAGCGUGUAACAGCCACGGCUGCAAUGAGCCAUCCAUACUUUGAUGGAUUGGACAAGUCA